CGAUAACAAAUCCAUGCUAACUGAUUGGUUAGGUGGUAGUUAAGCCAACCUUACGUUGAGUGAGAAUUAUUACUCACUAAUAUAUAUAUCCGUAGUAAAACGCAAUAAUUCAAUUGCUACUUCUCGUAUGGUUUUCAAAGUCUACACUAUGGAUAACGAAUCAAACAACAAUGACCAACAACAACCUGAACCGGACACUUCCCCACAACUUCGUGGUCAGUCUAACGUGGCAGAAAAUGCACCCGAUUUGGAAUUACCAGCAGCCACCGGUCUGAAAACUUUUGGUAAUAUUUCCACGGAUAAACAUCAGAUAGGACUCAGUCGCUUUGUGGUGCUCGUAUUUCUCUUCUUCUAUGUGUUUUUUGCCGUGCUGCUCAUGGUGAACAAUGCCCGACUGACCCACAAGGACCGUCUACUCAGCGAGAUUAUUGGUCUUAGCGUCAAGGAACGAACGAUGCAGCUGAUGUUUGACAUACAAAUUUUAUUCAUGUUGUCGGCCGCCGCCAUAGGCCCUUUAUUCAUUACUACACAAAAGUUAUCGCCUUUUUCUUUUUCGUUGCUGACGUUCAUUACGAUUACCGUGACUAUUGCGACACUAGUUUUGUCGAUAAAAUCCUACGAUCAAAUGGGCACCAGUAUCGACAACCGUGGCAAUAUGAUCAAUUUGAUAAGCAAAAAUAUUCAAUCUUACAAUUGGUUUGACAUGACUAACAGCUCGUCAGAUUUCAUCAACAAACUACAAUUUGAAUACCGAUGUUGUGGCGGACAGCAAGGCUACCGUGACUGGGAAGUGCUUAAACCAGAUAAUGUUCCGUAUGGCGCGUUUCCAGUAAGCUGUUGUUUACCUCGAUUAGGUCCAGAAUUUCAGCUUGAAUGGUGUCCUUACGAGUUGGUUGAAAUAAUGCCUGACUGUCCAUCGGCAUUCACACGUCAUUUGAUCGACGUACAAAACAUUUUCCACACGAUGAACCUGCUUGUAUUAGAAUCAUUGCUAUUGCAACUAUUGUCUGUUUCGACAUUCUUGUUUCUCAUAUUCUAUAGCAAAAAUCUUUAUUAAUAAAGUUCGCAUUGAAUUGAUCA